ACUGCUCUAGGCCCCGCCCCUUCCCCUUCCUCAAUCUGCACCAAUGGGGCCGGAUGGCAGGCCUCUGCGGGAGCUGAAACCUAGAAACCACCCGGAAAGGUCGAGCUGGUACUCCUUUGUUCCUUUUGGGGAGAGUCCUUGCGCCCGUGUGGGCCAUGCGUCUUUUUACCUGCCUUCUCUGGAACCAAGCAGCCAGAAAGGAAACGUCGUCGUUGUUGGAGGAGCCAACCCAAAUGGCAGUUUCUCUGACUCUCAUAUCAUCAGUCUGGACUCUCACAGCUGGAUGACCCCGAAGUGGCCAGGCCUUUUGCCCCGAUAUGAACAUGCUGCCUUCAUUCCCACAAGUCAACCCACCAGGCUCUGGGUUUAUGGAGGAGCCAGUGAAACUGGGAACAGGAAUUGUGUGCAGGUUUUGAACCUACAAUCCGAAACAUGGGAGAAGCCUGAAGUAACUGGUACUCCUCCGUCCCCUCGCACAUAUCAUACUUCCACAGCAGCCAUUGGGGACCGGUUAUAUGUCUUCGGAGGAGGCGAUAAAGGGGUGGACCCUGUUCAAGAUCAGCAGCUUCAUAUAUUUGACUCAGCCACACUGACAUGGCUACAACCGGAGGUUCGUGGCCAGCCUCCAUCACCGCGGCACGGCCAUGCUGUGGUGGCUGUCGAGAACAGACUCUUCAUACAUGGCGGCUUGGCUGGCGAUACCUUUUACAAUGACCUGUUCUCCAUUGAUAUAACUGACCUGAAAUGGGAGACCUUGCCGGCCACUGGAUGUGUUCCUGGAGGACGGGCGGCCCACUCAGCCAUGGCUUUUCGGGGCCAUCUAUACAUCUUUGGUGGAAUGGACCCAACGGGAGCAUUAGACACAAUGUACAAAUAUCAUAUCGAAAAGAGCCACUGGACACAGCUGGAGUUCAAGACUGCUUUGCCCCCUGGACGCCUGGACCAUUCGAUGUGCAUCAUCCCAUGGGAAGCAUCUCCUGCCAGCGAAGGAGCCGAUAGAGGUGAGGCUGGAGGGAAGGAAGCCGCCAAAGGCUCACAACGGCAGGAGGACUGCCUGACCUAUUUGUGCUUAAUAUUUGGGGGAAUGGAUAUCAAAGGGGAGAUUUACAAGGACUGUGUUGUCAGCGUACUUGAAUGAUUUUUAAAAUGGUUUCAUUUAAACAGUGCCAUUCAGGACAAUGUAAACUCAAACUGCUCGCCUCCCCCAUCCAAACUUCGCACCAUCAAUCUGCAUUUUGUAUUGAAAGUGCUACAAAGUGUAAAUAUUCGUGCGUAUUUCUGCUUGGUUCAGUUUCAGAUUGUAGUGCAGGUUGAGCCUCCCUUAUCCGAAAUGCUCAGGACCAGAGAUGUUUUGGAUUUGGGGUACUUAUUUAUUUUUGCAUUUUGGAAUAUCUGUGUUUGCAUAUAUGCACAUAAAUUAUAUUGGAGAUGGA